AUGGCACUGAGUGUGUCGAUCUCAGACUUGAAGAACCGGAAACGUCUGCUAACACUAUCGACAGCCGGUCCAUUGAUUGCCGAUGUGAUAGCGGAUGUAUUGAGCAAACAUGGCGAUGGGAUUAAGGUUCGAAGCAUCAUCUCGAUUUAUGGACUUGUCAAUGACGUUCGACAUCAUCUAACGGGUGGAGAUCGGAUACCUGAGAAGUGUGACUCUCUGCAGAUAUUCAUGAAUUUUGAUCAGGUAUGAUUUUUUUGUUUUUAUUUUUGGUUUUUAGGAAAGAACUUAUGAUAUUAUUGAAUGACAGGGAAUUGGGUAAUGUUAUCCAUGAUGGUGUUGUUGAAUGUCGUAAUUAUCGAUUUUGACGAGGGAGAGAGGUGGUCAAAAAUAGUUUUGGUGUUUGCGAAGUUGUGUUGUUACUAAAAUUAAAGUAAUUUUUUUAAUUUUUGCAAGUUUAGGUAUCAAAUUUGGGAAAAUCUUAUAAAAUUUAUUUUUUUCGAAAUUUAACUCAAAUUUUCAUCAAGUUCGUAAAUUUUAGGAAAUUCAAGUCUUUGUCUUUGAUCAAGAUCAAAGCGCCUUGGCUUCCUUCGAAUACCCAGAGAACUACCCUCUGUCCAAGAUCCUCAUCUCAGUUUCACAGCGAUGUGGUUUAUCCGAAGAGCGUCUGAUUCACGUCGAUUUCAAGGACAAAGACUCAUUUGAAGUUUGCACGGCGUCAACCUCUAACCCAGAGAAUGGAACAUAUGCAUUAACAUACGAUAUAACGGACGUUGAUAUACCUCCAUAUUUUGAUGAGAUCACAGAACUACCCGAUUGUCUAGCUAAAUUAAGGUUAGAGGAUUGUAUUGAUGAAGAGGUUUGUAGAGGCAAGAGUUUUAUGUUGAAGAAGAUGCAAAAUGGAAAAGAAUUGGAUGCGAAUGAGAUCAGACAACUUGUGAUGUCAUUUCGACUGGUUUUAAGGCGGUUUUUUAGUCAGUAAGUUAAUUUUUUGACUAAAAAAUAAUUUUUAAAAUUUAAAAUUUUUAAAAAUUUUUUAAGUUUUUAAAGUACAUUUAAUAUUUCAGCCGACAUGCAGAACGAAAUGAACUAGAUAUAUUCAUAGAACAUCUAUUUGGCAAAUAUACACCUUUUGAUCGAGUAAGUUAAUAUAAUUUUAUUAUUUACAUAAAGAGGAAAAGCGCUUUUGGCCUGUUUUACCCAUAUCGAGACUAGACUGGGUUGGAUUAGGGAACAGAAAUUUUAUUGGGCUUGGAAUGAAAAAGGACGGGUUUGAACUAAUAGCUGGCUAAAUAUUUUAAAGUAAAUAGCUUUAAAAGGUUUGUUUUACAUUUUCGUAAGUAGAAUCUUUCGUUGCGGGACGCUGGUCUCCUGGGUUAGGCCCGGCUCUUGGGUCCACAUAAUCCGGCCCGUUGACCGGGCUUAUCUUGUCUGAUCUCAUUUUUUUGGCCUGGGGCUUGGCUUUGUGGUUUGAUCUUUUUUGAUUUUACCCGACUUUAGUUUAGAUGACGGUUUUUUGGAAUUUUCAAUUAAGUGUUACAUCCGCUAUUUAAAACCUUAUUUUAUAAUAAAACCUACAUUCUAGAAAAGCUUCCUGACCGAACUGAACGAUGUUCGUCAUUUUACACAAAAACGAGAUCAACGUUUGAUGGCCCUAAAGCAAAUGAUAUUCAAAGGGCAAAAAGAAUCGAGCCUAUCUUGUCGAAAAACUACAGUACACUUCAUCAACUCAUGUAAUGUGCUACGAGCAGAAGCCGAACUUGUCUUGCCGCCCGGUGAAUUGAAAUGUGUUGGAGAUGUGGUAUGGUCGGCGGCUCAACAAGUGGCACCAUUUCGAGUCGAUGAAAUCAGAUAUAUCGAUGUGAUACGUAAAGGAUUGUCUCAAAAAUGUGAUAUUAUGGAUGAAUUUGAACAAAAUGCACUGUAUCAGAUUACGAUUGCUUUGUGGAAGGUGAGAAUUUUGGGUUUUUGAAUGGAAUGGAGAGGGAGGAGCGUCACUAUAGAUUUUUUGUCGGGGGCGUAAACUAAAUGGUUUUAGAUACAAGUAGCUCCUCCUUUUUUUCUCUUACAAUUUUUCAACUUUGUUUUCUUGCAAGAAUGACAAAAAACGGGUCUUGCAAAGUUAUGCCAAAAAUGGCGCGAAAUUUCAAUUUUUUGCCGAAAUUUUGAUUAUUUUUAAAAAAAUAAGGUUAUGAAAUGAAAAUUUUUGAUUAUUUUUAGUUUUUUUUAUAAAAGGUGAAGUCAAUAUUUAAAAAUUUUCAGUUCAAUGUGUACAUUUUCAAUGAAAAACUGGAUCAGCUACACCAAUUUACAUUCCCUGUGGACACACAAAUCAGCCAACUUUUAGCCUACAUUAAGGAACAAUACGGGUAUGCUGGACAGUACAUAUUGAAGGUUGUCACUUGUUUUGGCGAUGUGUACGAAUUGUCAGCGAAGCACAUAGUUAAAGGACCGAAUUCUGUUGUGGUUAUGGUUCAUACUGGAAAGGUAGGGCAAUAUUGAGGUGUACUUUGGUCUACCUUACUCCUAGCUUUACCCCUAUCUGCCUACUUAUCACCUUCUAUUACUAUUAUUUAAAAAAAGUUUUAAAACUCGUAUUUUAGGACCUAAUUUCGGCCGGAUACAAAAGAAACCUUCCAGAAAUUGCAAAGAAAAUCACGUUGGAAGAAGUCCUAGAGACAGCUCCACCAAACGUUCAAGAUGCUCAGAGGAUUCUUUACCGACUAAAAAGAGAUCAGAAUAUACCACUAGACGAGAAAGAUAGCAAGAACUUGUGUACUGCCAUUGCCAGCGCGCUACAUAGGAUCAUACCAAACAGGUGUCCAAGACUAUGUGAGACGAGACUAUUUGUGGCAAAUCUCUUUAGAGGCUUGACUAUUCCGAAGGUAAGGUUUUGGGUGGUUUUUGGUAAUGUUAAGGGGGUUGGCCUAAGAUUUUUAAAUUCAAGCUUAGAACUAAAAAAUUUUUAAAUUUUUUAGGCUUAAAAAUAAAAACUUAAGCCCAUAGUUGGAACCUCAAGCCUAGAAAAAAAACUUUAGGUUUAAGAUUUCAAGUAAGGCUUAAAAAUAAAAAUUUCAGUCAAGUAAUGAAAACCUAGGCUUAAAAUUAAAUGGUAACUGAAGUUUAAGUCUAAAAACCAAAAUUUAAGUCUAAAAAUGAAAAUAUAUACUUAAAAUUUAAUUUUUUAGAAAAGCUUGUACACUGUAAUCACAAAACGAGGUGACAACUUGACCAACAUUCAAUACGCUUCUCUAUGUGUACAUAAAUUGGCCUACAAACCAUUUGAGAAAUUGGCCAAGAAAAUUGUGAUGAAUGACUUACGAAAAUUAUCAUCAUUGGCUUCGAAUGGCGAACUGGAUGGAUAUGAUGAACAUCAUGAAGCUGAUGUGUCUGAUGUAAGUUGAAAUAUAGGUUUUGAAAGCUUUGGGUUAUUUUUGGGACUCGGGGCGGGUCAAAAUGGAGUAUAAAUUUGAUUUUUAGGUAACAUUUUUGAUUUUUUAAAACAAAUUUUUAAAAAAAUUUUGUUAUUGGUUGUUUUGGGUACGUUUUGUACCUUAUUUUUGUCUUUUAUAGUCAAAAUGAAAUAUAAAAAAAAGAAUUUAAUUUUUUUUUAAAUUUUAAAAUUAAUUUUUUCUUUAAAUGUCAGGAAAACCCCGAAAACUUUGAGCUGAGUCAAGUAUCCCCACAAAAAGCCAGAGAAGAAGCCCAAGCAGCAUCGUGCCACGUCUUCAACACGGACUUUAAAAUGCUACGCAAACUCUUCUACGAUAUGAAUCAAGAUGGGGUGGAACUACUGGAAAAAGUCUCCAAAAUCCUCAAAAUGGACUCGAACAACUGUGUCGCCAUGUUCAAAUUCAAAAUGGAAUCUUUUCACGCAAUCGAACCAGACGAGCCAUUAGUUGAUGGAGCUCCAAUCUUUAUGGAAUUCUACGAAGGAACCGACUUUCUCAACAAAAAAAGCUGUGUAAUGACCAAACUACCAAAGCAUUUGGCUAAUUUAACGGUGGAGAAGUUGCUGAAAGACGAGGAGAACGACAUGGCAAAAGAAAAUGAUGAUAAACAAGUUGAUAACGAAGAAAAAGAUGAAAUAAAUGCAGAAAAAAGAAGAAGAAAUGAAGAAAUUUUGAAAAAAUUAGAAAAAGUUGAAGAGUUAACAGAGGAGGAAAUGAAGUUUGUCUGCAAAAAAGUGGCACAACCAUUGAUGAAGUACAUACCAAAAAGGAUGGCACACGACAAAGAGAUCAUGAUCUACCUGAAUCAAGUUUUUGGCGAAAUACCCAAGGUUUUGGAGGUAAGAAUAGGAAAUUUUGAGGAAGUUUAGGGCUAUUAUGGGCUGAUUUAAAAAAAUAAAACCAAGAAAAAUGGUUUUUAUUGGAGUUUAAGAGUAUUGACAGGCUUUUAAGAUGUUGAUUUUUCCAGAUUUUUGUUUAAGACAGAAAAUAGGAAAUACACGAAAUAUGUAUUGAAAAAGCUUAAAAUUUACAUUUUUUGAUCAAAAAUUACUGGAAAACAUGAGAAAAUAAGGUAAAAAUGGAAUUUUUUGUUGGGAAAAUUAUAAAUUUAAGGUUUUUAAAGGAGAUUAUUUUUAUAAUCAAAGCUUGCAUACGCUAGGACUUUGAGUAUCGUAGGGCUUACAUUAGGGUAGGGUAAGAUAAAUCAAGGUAAUUUAGAGUAGGGUAGGGGAGGCUAAAGCAGGGUAAUUAUGUACAGUGGAACCUCUAUAUAACGAAUCGCUAGGGGAAUGAAAAAUUGUUCGUUAUGCAGAGGUUUCGUUAUAUAGAGUUUCCUUAUACGGAGGUUCCACUGUACUUGUUUCAAGGCUCAAAUUCAAUUUUCUGAUUCUCAAUUUGUUAGUAAAACUACAAACCUUUUUUUUUGAAUAAAUUUAGGUGGUUACACUGUAAAGACAGCGUUUUUUUUUAAAAAAAAAGGUAAAUGGUUUUACGAUCAGCUUCGCUCAACACUUUGAAUCUUUUGUUGCAGGAGUAGGGGCGUCAAUAGGGGGGGGUGGGGUGAAGGGGGUGGAUCCACUUCCCGGAAAAAAAAUCCGUAGCCCCUGUGCAAUAGUCAAUGCGAGGUUUGUGGGACCUUUUCCUUAGUCUCGGCCUGAUUCAAAUUUCUUUUUGGCCUUGUUCUGGGUUUCUGCCGGGCUGUGAGCUCGCUUCAGGUCUAUGGCACAUUAAAGGACCAGUUCGCCCAUUCAAAUAUCAUUGGCAUUCUAUCGCAAAAAUUCGACGUUCAUUUAUUUUGCGAAAAACCUGAGAAGGUCGGUUCCAAAUUAGAAAAUUCAUUUCGACACCGACCCACUCACGUUUUUUGAGAAAAAUGAUUUUGAUUGAAAUUGCCUGGUUUUCGACGCUUUUUGCGACAGAAUGCCAAUGAUAUUUGAAUGGGCGAACUGGUCCUUUAAAGGAGACAAAGCAAGGCCGAAAAAGCUAUACGAACGUUGCGAUGAAAUUCGAUUUUAUAGCCAAAAAAAUCGCGCUUAAAAUUCGAUCUUUUGGUUUAUUGUGUAUAAUUUGGCCGCGACGAUUUUAAAAUGCUAAAAACAGAGAAAUAAAGAGGGAGGUUUCAGGGUUUCUUUUUCCAGUUUUUGAUUUUUCAGCUAAUUGUAUGGAUUCAAGGCUAGUUUUUUUGACUUUUUGAAAUUGAUUAGUUUUAAAGAGAUACCUGAGCUCGAAUGUUUCUUUUUGAUACUUUUAGAAAUGGUGUUUGAUUUGAUAUGAUGUUGCAAUGUUUUUACUGAUAAUAUGGAAACAUAAGAAUUCCUAGCUUAAAAAUGGCGCAAAAAUUAUGAUUUUUGGCUAACAAUCUUUUUUCUUUGGUUUUUUUUUAUCAAUUUUAACUUUAAAAAUGACUUUUUUAGGUUUUUAAAGCUUAUCUUAAAUUCCAAGUUUCUGGUUAUUUAAAAUUAUUAAUUUUGACUUAAGUUUACUAAAUUUUUAAUUUCAGAACGCCCACUUGCUUUCACAAUUCGCAGCCGAAAUCGGGGAAAACUUCAAAGAACACAAGCUGAAACGUGCCUACUAUUGUCAUCGUGUGCUGAAGCACGGUAUGACAUCGGUGAAGGAGAAGGCGGUGUUCGAAAUGGCAUGGGAAGAUCGAAAGAAGAAGUUGGCCAUUCAGGCAGAACGAGGUGAAGAAGAUCCAAUUCAAGAAGAUGAUGGUAGCCUUGAAGAAUAUGCUGAAGCCGGUGAAUUUAAAGAGGAUUUUGAAGGCUUAUGUCGGCCUUCAACCUCUGGAACUGGUAGUAAUGUUGAGGGAGAUGAUACUGAAAGGAAUGACGCUGAUUUGGAUGCAGAAGAUGAUGAAGAUGGACUUGAUUUUUGUGGUACCAGAAAGAGUGGUGCUUAUGAUAUUAGGAGAAAGGGCGCUAGUGGUACUAGGAAGAAUGGUGCUAAUGAUACCGGAGAAGACAGUGAGGAAAAUAUCAAGCAAACAAGCCGAAAAGUCACCUCAAAGUCGGUCAGAAACUUGAUAGAAGCUUUUGAAGGAAUGUCAUCAGAUUCUGAAUCCAGAAAAGGCGUCAAAAGAGUAGCUUCAGGAGCACAAAAUCAAGCACAUCUAGCCAACUUGAAUGCCAGAACGAUGAGUAGCACACCAAAGAGAAGACGAUCAGAUCGACCAAAUCAUCUCAAACGACCAGCCAGCAGCAAUAACGCUAAAACUACAAUAUCAGCGAGAAAAGAGAACAAAGAGAAUGAAGUAGUGUUAAACAAGGUCAAUGUACUGAUCUACAAUGAAGAUCUACAGCAAGAAGGUGUGCUAGAAAUUGAAGAGGAUGUGAACCUAGAAAUUGUACUUGAUAUGGUGCUGAAACACUUUGAAGGCAGGAAAAAGGAGCAUAUAUUAAGUGUAAAGCAAGUUAUCAAUGGAGAACUGAUGGAGAUUAAAAUGAAUUGUGAUUAUGUCAAGGAGGAAGUGCUGUUUGUUCAGCUUUUUCAAGGAAAUGUAGGUCUUUAUAUUGUUGUUGAGGUAGGCAAAAAGAUUUGUGUUGAGGAGUUUUAGAAAUGUCAAUUUAAGACUUGUACUACGGGUUUAAAAAAGUCUUGACGCUUUCUCACAAGGCUUUCUAAGGGGAAACGGCGACAAUACUUGUUUAGCGGUUUAUUGUGCUAAUAAUGUGACAUUUCUCACCUUACUCAAGGAAAGUACAUCCUGCUCUACUCAGAAUGAGCUCAAAAUUUUUAUUCAACUUCUUCAUAUCACUAAUAAUACACAUAAAAAAUUUAAGUUUUUGCUUUUGAAUUUUAAAAUUUAAAUAUUUUUUGGUUGUGUCUCAAGCCUUUUUUUGACUUUCUAGACAAGCUACGCUUGUAAUUUUAAAAAUGUAUGUUUAUUUGACUGUUUUCUACUAUAGUAUAUCAAAGGAAAAUUAUUGAAAGUCAAAAAAUGACAAAGUUAUAAGCUGGAAACACAAUGCAAUUCAAAACGUAAUUUUUUUGACAUUGAGUUUCUCGAGAUUCACUAGAAAGUGCAUUUAGUACUCUUUUGAAGGUCUUAUAUUUACAUAAUCUUGCUAUAUAAAAAGUUUUAAGUCAGUCAGAGCCGGAUAGGUCGGGUACCUUUCUUGUAAGACAGCUCUUAUCAAACUGUACCAUAGUCCUGCACUAUCUUUUUCUUAAUCUAUAAUUUUAAAGGACCAGUUCGCCCAUUCAAAUAUCAUUGGCAUUCUGUCGCAAAAAGCGUCGAAAAUCAGGCAAUUUCAAUCAAAAUCAUUUUUCUCAAAAAACGUGAGUGGGUCGGUGUCGAAAUGAAUUUUCCAAUUUGGGACCGACCUGCUCAGGUUUUUUGCGAAAAAAUGAACGUCGAAUUUUUGCUACAGAUUGCCAAUGAUAUUUGAAUGGGCGAACUGGUCCUUUAAAAUAGCCGGGCUAUCCAUGAUAUAGCUUCAGCUUUAACCCUAAUUCUAGCAGUUCUUAAAUGGUACCCAAUAAAAUCAAAGAACAUCAACGGGGAUUAAAAUAAAAAAUUUUUAAAAAUUAAAAAAUUUUUUUUUGGGCCCGUGCCCAAUUUUCAAGCUCGGCCCGCGGGCCGGGCCAAGACGGCCCGUUUCUCACCCCUAAAUGUUUAUGAGUUCGGUGCUUCAAUAUCAGGGCCCGAUUUUCUAACUUUUUUUCCCUUCCAGUACCCUCUCUCUGGCGCCGCCGAGCUAGGCAACGUACCGGACUGUAUCAAACACAUGUCAAUCCAGGACUUUUACCCAUCGUUCGGCAAAGAAGCGGAUGAUAUACACAAAAAUUUGCUUGAAGCGAAAGCACUAACUGCAAAUCAGAUUGCCAAUAUUGUGAUUGUGGUUGGAAGAUUGUUGAACAAGUUGAUUUUGACUCGACAGUCGACUAUGUUUGAACGUGGUAUUGUGUUGGUUCACAUGUUGAGGGACUUUUCUGUUAAGGUUGCCGUAAGUUUUUUUGUUUCUUUAAGGUUUAUAUUAGUCGUACUUAAACUUUAACAUAUGUGAUUCUGAUUCUGUUCAUUUUUAUUUUCUAAAUUUCACUUUUUCAGAAUCAAUUCGAGAACAAAGUCAUUCACGGUAACUUCAAGGCCUUCUACAAAAUGACUCCACUCGAAUUCAUGUGUCAAAUCUACGAAGGCAGCGAACGAGAAAAGAAUGCCACUGUUUUGGAUUGGCACAAGGCAUUCAAAAACGGAAAAUGCAUAGAUGUGGAUACCGUAGAAGAAGAUAUUAUAGAUUCAAAUGAAUUCGACGAAACUGGAGCCUUGAUGAUUGAUGAAGACCCACAAGAAGAUUCGGGUGAUUGGGGCGGUUUUGAUGACUAUAUGGAUAGUGGUAAUGCACCUCUGCUUGAUAUUGGCAUUGGAGGGCAGGGUAGAGGUGGCAGUGGAGAUCAGGAUGGAGGCGAAGGUCAAGGAGAAGAUGAAGAUGAACAUAAUGUAGCCUCAAGUAGUAGGCAAGGGAAGAAACAAGGAAGUAUAGGUCAAAGAAUGUCAUCAGAUUUGUCUUAUAUGGUACCAUCUACCUCAGCAGCUACAGUACCAUCAUUAUUAUCUGAUAAACAGCCUAGUAGAACAACAAAUGCACCAUCGCCAUCAGCUACAUUACCUACAGACGCAGCAGCAGCGUGGGAUAAUCUGGGAGAUCUAGCGAAAGGCUUCACUGAUGAUAACUCAAGAAGUCCUCAGCAAGAUCGACCUUCAGAAGCUAAUGUUGAAGCCGCAGCUCAUCCACCGCUUGAAGUUUUGUCACAAAUGUUCAGCGCUCUGCCUGAUGGGCCUAUCGUAAGUUUUUUAAGAAAUUUUUAUUUAAAAAAAAUUUUUAAAGUUUAAAGUUUAGGCUAGAGUGUGUUUUGGCAUUAAACUGAGGCUUAGUUGAAAAAAAGUGAAAUUUAGGUUGAAUUGUAGGCUAAAGCGUUUUUUUUGGUCUAGGCAUGGUUAUAAAGAUCUACGAACAGCUUUGGGUUUAAAAACCCUUUCUUUUGACUGUUAGAGGGAUAGGUUUAUAAAUUUAGGUAAAAACUUUUUUUAAAUUUGUAGUUUAAUUAAUAAAAAAAUUAUUUGAAAUUUUAAAGUUUAGGUAACAAAUAUAUUUAAAAAAUUUGAAGUAUGAGUGAUGAAAACAAAAAAUGGAAUUUUAGGUAACAAAAUCAGAAUCUUAUGCCAAAUUUCGAUACUAAAGUGCAAAGUUUAAAUAAAAAAUUAAAAAGAAAUUUUAAUUUAAAAUUUUAGUUUUAGCGUCUCAGGCUACGGUUUUUAGUUUGAGAUGACAUAAACUAAAAGAAGAUAAAAAACGCCGUAUUUUACAUUAUUUUACCUUUUUCAGAGCCAACCUUCAAAUGCAGAAGUUCUCUGCAUCUUCCUCUUAGUCGACCACAAAGGCAAAGUCUUGCAAAUUGAGCGACGUCAAGAAAGCAUGACCGUUGUUCAACAAUUCAAUGACAUUUGUAACCGCCUCAAACUAAACUCACAGGGCCUAAUUCGAAUCGACCGACUCGAAGGCAAAAGCCAUUAUCGAGUACGAACAAACUCUGAAUGCAUGUGGUCAACCAUUGUAGCUACGAUUCAUACGGACUCUUUCGUCAAGAACUGGAUCACCGAAUGUCCACCAAGUUUGGCAUCAAUAUCUGUCGAUGAUUUCCUGAAGAAAUUGAAUGAUAAAACGAGGCAAAGAUUCAGAAACAUAUUCGAAACGAAUCAAGAGAUCAGAGUCGGUGAUUCAAGCUUGAUCUUGAAGUACUUCUUGGAGCUUGUGUUGCCUGUGUUUCUAUAGUAAGUUUAUCUUUUGAAGGCUCUUUGGGUUUAGGUAACAAAAUUUGAAAAUGAAUUAUUUUAGGUAACAAGUUUAGGAAAAAAGUAUAAUUUUUGGUAACAAAGUAGAAUUUUUUUAUUUAGGUAAAAAAAAGUACAAAGAGUUGAAAUUUUUAGCAAAAAUUAAAUUUAGGGGUCAAAUUUCGAAAAAAACGUAUAAUUUUAGGUAAAAAGGUUCGAAAAAAUAAUUUUAAACCAAAAAAUCAAAAAAUUUUUAGGUAAAAAAAUUUGACAAUAAGCUAGUUUAGAUAAUAUUUAGUUAAAAAAUGUAGAAAGAAUAAUACUUUUGGGUAACAAACUUUAAAAAAAAGUAUAAUUUUAGGUAACAAAGUCAAAAUUUUAAUUUUAGGUAACAAAAUCGAAAAAUUUUAAAUUUUAGUAUAAAGUUUAAUUUCAAUUUUUAAUUUUAUGAAAAAAAAAUUUUUAGGUAACAAAAUUAAAUUUUGAAUGAAAAGUUGAAUUUAGGUAAUAAAACCAACAGUUUUGAGCUUUAACUAACAAAAACAGAAAAAAUAUCAAUUUUUAAUAUUAAGUAAAAAAAAAAAAAUUUUAUUUUUAGCCAAACUCCAAACCCUAAGGUCCUACUCGACAUUUUUCGACGUUUCUUCCGCAACUACCCCUACUUUGACUGCGAACAGUACAUUGACUUUGUGAAGAUCAAGAACAGUUCAUGGAAGAACGAGACCCGAAAAAUCAGCAGGGUAGUUGAACUUCAAAGUGUGGCAGUAUUGAAGAAGACAUUGAAGGACAAAACACUUUUGGCAAAGUGGGGCAUUGAAUGUGGCAGUGGUUUGAAGAGAGCGGGUGGCAGAGAGGCUCAUGAUCAAGUUCAAGGUGUUCAACAUGAGGCUGGGUUUAAAGGUCAAGCUGGGGGUGUACAGGAUCGUCAAGAUCAAGCUGGUGGUCAUGGUCAAGCUAGUGGUCUUCAAGGUCAAGUUGGUCAUCAAGGUCAAGUUGGUCAACAAGGUCAAGCUGGUGGAUUACAGGGUCGUCAAGCUCAAGUUGGUGAACAAGGUCAGCAACGUCAGUUUGAUCAAGCUGGUCAACACUUUCAAGCUUCUGGUCAACAAGCUCAAGCUGAUGUCCAAGGUCAAGCUGAUGGUCGACAAGGCCAAGGGCUUCAGAAUAUGGUUUCACAGAUACCAGCUACAGGCGUUGAAUACCGCUUAAGAGACUACCUUCAUAAUCCACCGUACUAUCCUGGGAAUCAACAGAUUCAGAAUCCGAAUAUUCAGUUUUUACAGUAUCAAAAUGCACAGAAUCAACAGAAUCCGAAUCUUCAGUACCGUCAAUUCCUUCAAAUGAAGAAUCCACAGUAUCAGCUUCAGCGUCUGAAUCCACAGCAUCAGCCUCAACUUCAGAAUCUACAGCAUCAGCAGCCUCAAAUUCAGAAUCCGUGUCUUCAGCGUCAGCCUCAACUUUCGACUUCAAACGCUCAGACUAUAGUAGGGCCAGGUCACUUAAGAGCGGAAAAUUGUGCUCGAUUCAUGCCCAAACAUCUCAACAUGAAUCGCCUCAUUAUCUUUGACGAAACCAUGCGUUUCGUACGAUCUGUGAACUUCCCACCACCCUAUUUGGUCGAAAACACUAAGGAUUUCAUCGCUCACGCCACAGCACUACGAAGGAACGUCAUCAUGUAUAUGAGACACGUGCGCGAUCAGAAUACCAACACCUGUACGGUAUUCGCACAGAUUUAUUUGGGAACGGUAUGUGAGGGUUGGGUGGAGUUUUGAUUUUUUUUGGGAGGGGGUGGGCAAUAAUUGUAUUUUAAUGUAUUAGGUGCCGACAUAAAGAACCCGCCAUACUUUUCCUGUAAUUUUUAGAAAAAAUGGCGGGUUUUUUAUGUCGCCACCUAAUAGUUAAAAUAUGGCUUAUCAAUCGUUACAAAUUGUAAUUUUUACAGAAACGAACUUGUGCCCCCACCGAAGAACCGGAACCCCCACCGCACUUUGGUCAAAUCCCUCUGCGUACCCUUAUCGCUGUGGCCGGGAUCACGAACUACAAUGGUCUCAAUCAACAUUCACUACAACAAAUGGCCAAAUGGAUAGCCGCUUUCAUCUUUGACUAUUACAGGUGUCGGGAUCCAACCACCGGCGAAAUUAACAGGGCAUUGCACCGGAUGUUCGCUCCUGAGUUGAUUGUAAGUUUUUUUUCAAAUUUUGAAGUUUUUUAAAUUUAAAAAUUUUUGACGAUUUGUAAUUUUUUUUUGAAUUUUGUCGAAAUUUUUUUUAUUUUGUGCGAUUUUCAAAAAUUUUUUUAAAUUUAAAAAUUUGUUUAAUUUUUAAAUUUUACGGAUUUAAAUAUUUUUUUGAAUUUUGAAAUUUUUCGAAAUUUUUUAGAAUUUUUUUUGAAAUUUAAAUUUUUUUAGCACGCCUUAAUGAAACCGGGCCCAACCUCAGCACCCACUGACAUUGCUUCUGGGAUCUUGCCGAAAGCGUUACGUACUCGACAAAAGGAGUUGAGAUCGUUUUUCGAAAAGAACGUGGCGUUACUGCGGAACGCUCAAGCGAAAUUUGAUGAACAGUUCGUGGCUAAUAUGGGUAGGUAUCUCAACUUUGUAUCAAAAGCAGUUUUAAAAAAUGAAAAAAAUUUUUUGUUAUAUUUUUUUAGUUUAGGUACUUAAAUAUUGUCCGAAAAGGCGCGAGUUUGUGGUGGGCGGGGUAUUUUUGUUAGAGUGGGGGAGAGGAUAAAAAAAAUUUUUUUUUAGUUUUUUGUUUAGACAUUUAAAAGUUGACAGGGAGCAAAAAAUUAGUGCCGGGCGGCGUAUAUUUUGAUCGGGAAAGGGGAGGGGGGGGUCAAAAAAUUUUUUUAUUAAAUUUUUUUUUAAAUGAAUAAACGUUUUAUGUGGUAUAUUUAAAUGUGAGUCAAUUAAAAUUUUUUAACAAAAUUGAAAAAUGCUGUAAUUUCAGGUCACUCAGCUCCACCCGCAUUUAAUCUACAAGCUUAUCGACCUUAUCGUGGCCCAAUGCCAAAUGUUGUUCAAGGUCAAGGAGCUUACCAGGUUCGGCCACAAGUUGUGCCCGGUCAAAUGCUACCAAGUGGAAUGGGGUUUGCUCAGCCUGGGCAGGUUCAACAAGGUGGACAAGGUGGUCAAAUGGGUCAAGUUGGAGUUGCUGGAGGCGUACAAGGUCAGGUUAGUCAAGGCAAAGCAUUUGGUGGUCAAGACGGAGCUUUUGGUGGGCAUCUUGGUCAAGCUGGAGCUCACGGUGGCGUUGGACACAUUGGUCAAAUUGGAGCUCAUGGUGCCCGAGUUAGUCAAGGUGGAGCGCAUGGUGCCCAAGUUAGCCAAGCUGGAGCUCAUUGUAGUCAAUUUGGUCAAGCUGAAGUUCAUGGUGGUCAAGUUGGUCAAUCUGGUCCUUAUGGUGGUCGAUUUGGCUCAGAUGGAGCUCAUGGUGGUAUACAAGGUCCAGAGAUGCCAGACCAAACUUCAAGACGACCUAGUGUAGUAUCAAUACAUUCAGAAAGCUCAACUCCAUCCCCAAGCCUAACCACUCCAAUGGCAUUACUACAGCAAAUGAGUGGUAUAGGCUUGUCUUGUCGUACUGGUACACCACAGGAUGACUUAGUACAGUCUAGUGUUCUUGGACCUUCUACGUCAACUGCUUUUGGAGCUGCCACAUCGUCAGCUUUUGGAGCUUCUACAUCACUAGCUUCUGGAGAACCUGAGGUUAUAAUUGAAGAUUCAGUACCAUCAACGUCGAAGUCCGCGGAUUCUGUAGCAGCUGGAAGAGCUAUAAUCACAGCUGGAACACCACUGAACUUUGAUUUUAAUAGCCGAGUUGAAGGAGAAGUUGUUGCUCAAGAUGAUGAUGAUGGUGAGCUUCAAAUUGUUGAACAAGAUGAUGUACAACAAUUUGAACAAGGUCAAGGUGAUGAAGGUGGAGAAGGUAAUGAAGCAAUGGCUUUUGAAGGUCAUAGGAGUGAAGGAGGGGCUUCAGGAGCUUACCAUGAUAAAAGAAAGAAUUCAAAAACCCAGACUGCUCAAGAACCGUCGGACUUAAUUAUGAACGACGAGCUCAGAGCGCUUCAGAAUAUGUACUGUACGGAAACGUUAAUACCAAGUUCUGUGGCUACAGAAGGGGCCUCAAAUUCACCGCCAAUGGCUACAUCACCAUCUGUUUCAAUGUCAAGAGCUUCAACAGCACCUUCAGCUACAGUAACAACAAGUAGCGCACAGUCAACUUCACCAUUACUUCAGAAUCUACUGACCAUGCCAAGAAAGGUGGUUUUAAGAAAGCCAACAAACUCAACUUCGCCUAUAUCUACUAAAUUGGCUUAUACUUCUUUGAUUUCACCUAUAGAUAGACCUUCAACUUUGGCUACGCGGACUACGGCUUCUCCGUUGACUUCGACUUCAGAUGCUUCACCAUUGAGUUCAGAAGGUUAUAAUAUGACUGCACCAUUGUUUUCGGCUGCUUAUACCAAGCUUACAUCGUCAUUAGCUACCCAUAACAAGGCUACAUCAUCACCCACAACUUCACAUCCAAAACCAACAACAUCAUCACCAUCAGCAAACGCUUCAACCCCAGAUUCGACAGAAAAAGUCUUUGCCAAGUCUCAAGCAAUGCCAGAAUUCUACAUCAUUGUCGAUCUGGCACUGAAAUUCUACGGUAUGUACACGAUGAAAAAGGACGAGAAUCAACCAAACUUUUGCAAAGACGUUGUACUAUCACAUAUAAAGACCAGAUUCACGGAACAUCGGAAAGAGGCAGAGGAAGUGAUUGAUGAACCAAUCUAUUUGGGCUCGUUCAUGGUGGUCAAGGAGAUGAAUAACAAACCGAAAAUAUUCGCUGUUCUUGUGGAUAUGUUUGGGGUAGGUUUUGUGGCUUUUUUCAUAGUUAAAAAAAACUCGGGGUUUGUUACCUAAAAUCGAUUUUUUGUUACCUAAAAUUGAUUUUUUUGGUUUUUGUUACCUAAAUUUGAUUUUUUUAGAUUUUCUUAGUAAAAUUGGUUGUUUCAAGGUUUUGAUGUUUUUGAUAGAUAAAAUUUGUUUAACUAAUUUAAUUUUUAUUUUUAACGUUUUUUAUUGUUCAGGUAUCAAAAGGAGAUGAUUAUUACUAUCGUCGAUUCUUGAACAAGUACCUCAAAAAUAUGGCCAAGGAGUGUGUUCAUGCUUAUAAACUGUUUCACGUAGGUUUUUACUUAUUUGUUUUUGAGUUUUGAUUAGGCUUGAAAAGGAUGGGGCCGGACCUAAUUUUGUGGCUCACGGGUUAGGUUUCGGUUUGGGGUACGGUUCCAGGACCCACAUGUUUUGGGGUUAUGUCAAAAUUGCUUUGGCCUGAGGCCUGGACGCACUAGUAGAUUGUUUUGAACGAUUUUUCUUAGAUCAACAACUUGGAUUGAUCAGUUUUGCUGUGAUUAAAACGUUCAUUAGCUUAUUUAUCUUACAAGGGAAGUGUCUCACCUCGUUCCGGAGGUAUGAAUCGAGACUAGGCUCAUUGGAAAGCCUAUUUGAAUACGAAUUCAACAAAGAAAAAUUUAGCUGCCGAAUAAGCCCCUGAGGCAAGUUAUGACGAUUUAAAAAUUUGCAGUGCUUUUUUCUUUUUGCGUUUGAGAUCGAGAAAGAAAACAAGGGGAACCGAUGAUUCGGUGGUUCAGUGGUUGGGUGUUGGGUUUAGGGGUGAAAGGAUAAGGGUUCGAUCUCUGCCAACUCGUUUUGCUUUAACAGCUUCUAAAAAAAAAUUUUUUGUUUUUUGUACUAUAUAGCAUUGAAUAGAGUAGUUUUAAUCAGUUAAAUACAAAAAUUAAGCAAUUUGACAAAUUAUUGAACUUUAAAAUUUUUUGGAAAUUUUUCGAAUUUAUUGGGUAGACGCAUCAACAUGGUUAGCAUUAAUGGCGAUUGGUUUGAAAUAUUCGAGACUGAUGACAUUCGUUUCUUCCCUGAUUAUCAGUUGCCUCACAAUGACGCCGAAGCUGUUGAAUUUUCUGAAGGAAGGGAAAGCAAGGUUACUUUUUCUGAUGGUCAGUUAUUCUAGGUGAUAGGGUGCUCAACGUUUUUUCAGAAAUUACAAAAAAUUUCCAAAAAAAAUUUUAAAGUUUAAUAAUUUGUCAGAUUGCUUAAUUUUUGUAUUCAACUGAUCAAAACUAUUCUAUUCAAUGCUAUAUAGUACAAAAAACAAAAAAAUUUUUUUUGAAAGCUGUUAAAGCAAAACGAGUUGGCAGGGAUCGAACCCUUAUCCUUUCACCCCUAAACCCAACACCCAACCACUGAACCACCGAUUCCUUCGGUUCCCCUUGUUUUCUUUCUCGAUCCCAAUCGUUCUCAAACGCAAAAAGAAAAAAAGCACUGCACUAUUUUUAAACCGUCAUAACUUGCUUCAGGGGCUUAUUCGGCAGCUAAAUUUUUUUUGUUGAAUUCGUAUUCAAAUAGGCUUUCCAAUGAGCCUAGUCUCGAUUCAUACCUCCGGAAUGAGGUGAGACACUUCCCUUGUUAAGGCAAUGUUUAAACACUUUAUAAAAUAGAGAUAAAAAGCAACUUUAUCAAGGUAGGCCUUAUAAAACUGCUUAAGAAGACACAUAUGCUUGAUCAAAAGCGAACAAAUUUAGGCAUAGCGCAAUGAAAUGACACUUUCUUGAGGAUUGCGCGCCUUAAUUGAGAGUUUUGUGCGCGUUUCUUAUAUAAAUAGUGGCAGUUCAAGAGGUGUUUUAUCCUUUUGAGCAAUCUUAAAGUGUAGGUAGGUUAAACACAGUUUCUGCUUUAGGGGUGCUUUAGUUUUAUUUGGGAGUUUAGGCUUAUAGAGGGAUUUAUAGGGGUUUGUAAGGGUUUUUUAGAUUUACUAGGGUACAUGGGCUUAUUUUUUGGAUUUUUAAGGGGUGUUUAAGCUUACUUUAUGUUGUUUUACGUAUGUUUUUUUAAUUAAAAAGGGCUAUUAAGCUUAUUGUUGCAAAGAAAAGAGAGUUUUAGGCCCAUUUUUAUAUUUACGAAGAAACUUACCGACUAGCCCCGCUCUGAUCGAAUUCAAACUUUUUAUAUAGAAAGGUCAUGUAAAUAUAAAACCUUCAGAAAAGUAGUGAAUCCUCUAAUUUUAGAAAUAUUUUAAUGCAGUUUGUCUGAAAGUCGAAAGGAGCGCUUGAAACACAAUGCCAAAUUUGACAAGUUAGCGGGAAACUUAAAUAUUUUAAUUUUAAACUCAAAAGCGCGGGCUAAAUUUUUAUCAGUCAUAAUCCAGACGCGUACAAGUUUUUAUGUGAUGUAAAAUAGCGGUACCUUUUCAAGUAUUAAGCGCUAUCUCCGAGAGGUUUUGUGCCGAUUUGAUGUACAGAAAGCCGCGCGUUCAGGAUUAAUUGACUCAGUUUUAACAAAGAGUGAACUUAGAGUGGAUGUGCUACUUUAAUUUUAUUUAUAUGCCUUGUGCUAUAGGAUUUUAAGACUUAUUUUUAAAUUAAAAAAGAGUUUUGGGCUUAUUUUUUAGUUCACGAUAGAUUUUUAGGUCUAUUCUUCGUGUUAGAAGCGUGUUUUAGGCUUUCUUAUAAGUGAUCCUUUUAAGCUAUUGAUUUGUUAACCUUGUUGUUUUUAUAUUUACUAACCUAACCUUCAUUUCAGAAACAAAAGUACCUGCAAUACCUCGCAGAACAUUCGCUCAAAAUUGUUCUCAAUUCAGAAUACAUGGCGACCAAAAGAGACUUCAACCCACUACGUGAAGCUAACAAUGAUUCCGACGAUGAUAUUGUAUUUGAGGGCUUCUACGGAGAGUCAGAAGCCACCAAAGCCAAGAGAAGACGAACAGUAGGCCCGGACGACGAGUACUUGGAUGACAAUUAUGAAAAUGAAGCUUUGACCAGUCAAAGAAGUUCGGAAAACCAUGGUCGAAGUUAUGAUGAGGAAGAUUCAUUGAACGACCAAGGGAAUUUGGACUUAUCGACCAGUCGAGAAGAGGAAAGUUAUGAAAAUGAAAGUGAAGAUGAGUAUCAUGAUGAAGACGAUUCGGAUGAUGAUAUUGAAAUAAUUGCUGAAAUUGUGAAGAGAAAAUGUUCAGAUGAACAAAAUGAGGGUACAUUAGGAAUGACUGGAGGUAAUGAUGAGAUGCCAGACCAAGGUGAAGCCUUAGAAGGUAGAUUCGUGGGAAAAAAUGCGAACUUCGCUCGGAAAAGAGUGACAAAUCAUAGUGCAUUGGAUGAAACUGUGGAAUCUGAAGGUCAUAAUGAAGAGGAAACGAUGGAUUUCGAAGCGGAUGAUCAUGGUGAAGAUGUGGAUUCAGAAUAUGUUAAUCAAGGUGAAGGCAUGAAUUCAGAAUAUGUUAACCAAGGUGAAGAUAUGGAUCCUGAACAUCAUGUUCAACACCAUCUUUUGGAUUCCGAGUUCCAUGGUCAAGACCAUUGUUUGGAUUCAGAAGCUAAAGAAGCAGAAACUGUUAAUGAUUUAGUGAAUCCAAGUGAAAUCACGGCUUCAAACGUUAUUAAUCAGCCAACUACCUCGACUUCCCUAACAAAACCAUGCACUACAACACCAGGAGCUUCAAAUACCACAACAUCAGGUGUCUCAACAGCUCCAAAACGACCAGAACCAGCCGAUAUUGAGGAUGACGAUGAUGAUAUUCAGGUGGUCGCGGAAGUUAAAAGAAAAGUAAGUUUUUGGGGGUUGGAAAGAAAGUUUUUGCCCUUUUUUGAUUUGUAAAGAAAGUUUUUGCCAUUUUUUGUUUUGUAAAGAAAGUUCUUGAUAUUUUUUGGUCUGUAAAGAAAGUUAUUGCCGUUUUUGCUUUGGAAAGAAAGUUUUUGCUAUUUUUUGCUUUGUUAAGAAAGUUUUUGCCAUUUUUUUUGUGUAAAGAAAGUUUUUGCAAUUUUUUCCUUUACGAAUUUCUUCCUAUUUUAAAACUUGUAAAGAAAGUUAUUGCAAUUUUUUUGAUUUUUAUAAUAAAAAACUAGAUUUUUAUUAAAAAUUGAAUUUCAGCUCCUAUCGACCAAUCACAUUGUCAUAGCCAACGAAAAGCUAGAGACAAUCCACGCCUGCCCCUUCCCAUACCAAGUCAAAUUCGAGAACAUUUUCGGAUUCACCAAGGAAAAGUGCCAGAUUCAAGACAAGGACAUUCUCGAAAUGUACAAAAUCGUGGUCAAUGAAAAGAACAUUUGCUCAGUCGAAAAAGUUACGGGUCCACUCUACGCUCAAGUCGUAUAUGUUAUUGUAUACACUGGCAAAGUACCACAGAUGCCUCGAGUAUCGCAGAAGAAGAUCCUCGAAGUCAUGAAGACCUAUGAUUUAGCUGAACUGAUUGAAACAGAUGACAAAAGUUUUGCGGAUUCGUUGAGAAGUGGCAAGAAGUUGAAGAUUACGGAUCCAAGCAAAGCCAUGGUGUACUGUGAGCUUGUCAUCAAGGCUUUCUUUCAACAUUGCACUUUGUAAGUUGAAUUUUUGGUGGGUUUGGAGAGAGGUCUCUUUACAGGACUUGUUUUACGGGGUUUGUACGGUUUAAAAGAGGCUAGGUCAUUUUUUGAUGAUUUUUAAAAAAUUUUUUUUGGAAAAGUUGAACGUGUUCCCCCUGUUGUUUUUUCGAAAAUUUUUUUUUAAGAGUUUUGUUGUUAUAAGUCCGGCGGACGGGCUUAUAAAGGUUCAGUAGAGAAGCUUACAAGGGAGGUAACUUAAAUCGCCCUUUGACUUUGGGACGAAACCUAUAUAUUCUGAAAGCCCUGUAAUCACUGAUUAUGGAUCUGAAAACCGUUUUUCCGUAUGGAGCUUAGUUUUCGAGAAAAUCGACUUUAAAUUUUGACCGAAUCCCCAAAAAGAGUAAAGCGCGCCGAAAAGUCUAUCGGAGAUAACGCAUGGAAAUCAAGUGGCGGCGUGGCGUAGAGAGUAAAGCGUUCGGUUUCCGAUUCAAACCAUCUGGGUUCCGAAGCCUCUAAAACUUUUUUUUAACAAAACUUUCAAUAUGCAAAUUUUUGUAAUAUUAUUGUGAGAUGAAAUUGCAUAAUUUUGAGCAAAUAACGACAUAUAUUUUUCGUCUAUUUUCGUCGGUCACAUCUUCGUACGUUGGAUCCGCCGUCUUAUCCAUAACCUCAAUCCAGUCCUCCUCUGGUUCAUCAAGUCGAAAUUAACAUCUGCUGCGGAUGGCAACAUUGUCUUCACAAUUCGGUCAUCGUAAGCAGCAUCGUUGCUGUCGCCGUGUCCGAAUUGUACAUUGUUAGAACACAUAUGUUUGAUUACAAGAAGGGCAGGGACAGCGAAGGGCGGGCGAGGGGAUGCGGAAGGAUCCUUUCCUUUUCUCCCAAAGCCGAUCCGAAAAAAAAUUGAAAAAUGGAUGAACAGGCAGACCAAAAAAUAUUUUAGAUUUUUUUAUUCCUCUCCUUCCUCCUUAUUCUUCCUCUUCCGAUAAAUUUUGUAGCGGUGUAAUGAUUUUUUAAAAUUGUUUUAUUUUAAUUGAUUUUUGAUAUUUUCAGCCGAAGAGGUCAUAAACUAGAAAUUGAUCAAUUUGUUUCAAAUCUAUUGGAUAAGUACCCAAAUUUGGACAAGGUAAGGAUUUUUCAAAAUAAAAAAAAAUUUUAAUUUUAUUUUUUAGGAUUUUUAUUGUUUUCAUUUUCAGAAUUUUUUUAAAAUUAAUAUUUUUUAGCAAAGCCUCUUGUACGACGCUGCAAACAAAAAAGACUUGAUCAAGUUCAAUAUUGAGCUAUGGGAACUGACAACUUUCAAUGAUCAAUUGGAUGAGGUUGUCCAUCAAUACAACGGAUUCCUCAAAACAUCACCGUUCUCAGCGGAAACUGCCAAAAUGACAUUGACUACCACAAAGGUGUACGAAGAGAAGCGAGAGCCAUUGAUCGAUUACAUUUGUCAAGUGCAAGAUGCAUCGGAUGAGAAUGGUUUGGGCUAUGAAGUCAUUGAUGAUGAUUGUGAAGGAGCUGUGGAUUCUGGAGAGGCUAUGAAUUCUGGAGAUGCUACGGUGAAUGAAGAGGCUACCGGAGUUCAAGAUGGUACAGAACUUGGAGUUACUGAAGGUUCUGAAGCUGUAACUACUUCUGAAGUCGCUACGGUAAAUGAAGAAUCUGAAAACGCAAUGGAUUCAGAAGCUGUUGAACCAAAAGUUACUGCUAAGGAUUCUGAUGGCACUUCAACUUCUGAAUCAGCUACAGCGAAGGAAAAUGAUGAUUUUGAAGAUGUUACCGCAGAACCAAUGGAAGUAGAAGAUUCUGAAGCUAAUACGAUGCCUGUAGAACAAGAAUCAGAUGCUACGCGGUGUGAAUCAGAGCCUGCUACAACUACAGGGUGUGAAUUAGAACCUACUUCAACUACACGUUGUGGAUCAGAGCCUGCUGCAACGGUAAGCUGUGAUUCUGGAGAUAAAUCAACGGCACGAUGCGAAUCAGAAGUCCCAUUGACUUCACGAUGCAACUCAGAAGCUCCAUCGACUUCAAGAUUCCAAGUCGAAGUUCCAUUGGCUUCACGAUGCAACUCAGAAGCUCCAUCGACCUCAAGAUCCGAAGCCGAAGCUCUAUUGACCUCACGAUGCAACUCAGAAGUUCCAUCGACUUCAAGAGUCUUACAAAACCGAAUGAGAAAAGCCUUCAGGCAUGGUCGAUACUCAAAGAGCAUAGAUGCCUGCCUCGAUUUGAACGAUCAUUUUCUUGAGAAACUGAAGCCAAAGUCUUCACGAGCUUCUGACGACGAAGAAGAUGAAGAUCAAGAAGAGCUAGAAGAGGAAGAUCAAGAGGAACUAGAUGGGGGUGAAGAUCAAGAAGUUCCAAUUGUCCAAGAACCCGGUUCUACAUCAAACCCACCAUCUACAAAGCAGCAAAGUCCGAAAGAAAUCAUCUAUGUUGAUCUGGGGUCUGAUGAUGAAGAUGAUGUAGAAGGUGCUGAAGGAGAUGCCCAAGCUUCUGGUGGUGUAGAAGCUGAUUUACAAGCUUCUGAAGACAUUGAAUUGGAUGAACAAGCUUCUGGUGGUGUAGAAGCUGAUUUACAAUCUUCUGAAGGCAUUGAACUUGAUGGCCAAGCUUCUGAAAGUGUUGAACCUGAAGUACAGCAUUCUGAAGGUCAUGACCUUAAUGAUGUGGUAAUUUCUGAAGCUGUAAAUCAACAAAAUCAGCCAUCAGGAGUCUUUGACGAUAUGAAAACGAAUCCAGAAGCUGUAGCUCAUGAAACCCCAGCUGCUGAACAGAAUUACGAAGAGCUUUUGGAUUCUCCGGAUGAAACCAUGGAAAACACUAACAAUAUUACGAUUUACGAUGAAGAAGCCCUUCUGAAUUCGGAUGACGAUGAUCUAAUCCUGAUUGACGAGUAUAACGGUGAAGAUGAUUUGGAAGGAGGAAAUCAGAGCUUGGAAGCUAUACUAGUGGUUGAUCAGGCUAGACAAGAGGCUACAGAAGUCACGGUACAAGGGAAUGCUGAAGUUACGGUGGGAAAGGCUGCUGAAGUUACGAUGGAAGGUACGGUUGAGUCAAUGGUAGUCGGUGGUACGAUGGAUUCAAAGAAAGCUUCAGAAGGCGAUAAAGACUUGGAUGAACAUUGUGAAGACGCUGAAAAGCCUGUAGACGAACCUGAAGGUCAUGAUAAUGAGCUUCAUAAGCCAGAAGAAGAUCGUGAACAAGCUGAAAAGCUUGUAGAAGGAUCUGAAGGUCAUGAUACUGAUAUUCAGAAGCCAGACGAUGGUUCAGAAGAUACAGCAGGCCAAGAACUCUUGAUGGAAGUGGAUACAGUAGGCCAGAGCUCAAACGACAGCGUUGCCUCGCUACAGAUUGACGAAAACGCCCUGUAA